AUGGUUGAAGUUGUUUCUGGCACGACGGUUGACGUUGUUUCUGGCAUGAUGGUUGAAGUUGUUUCUGGUAUGAUAGUUGACGUUGUUUCUGGCAUGAUAGUUGACGUUGUUUCUGGCAUCAUGGUUGAAGUUGUUUCUGAAACGACGGUUGACGUUGUUUCUGGUAUGAUGGUUGAAGUUGUUUCCGGCAUGAUAGUUGACGUUGUUUCUGGCAUGAUGGCUGAAGUUGUUUCUGGCACGACGGUUGACGUUGUUUCUGGCAUGAAGGUUGAAGUUGUUUCUGGUAUGAUAGUUGACGUUGUUUCUGGCAUCAUGGUUGAAGUUGUUUCUGGCACGACGGUUGACGUUGUUUCUGGCAUGAUGGUUGAAGUUGUUUCUGGUAUGAUAGUUGACGUUGUUUCUGGCAUCAUGGUUGAAGUUGUUUCUGGAACGACGGUUGACGUUGUUUCUGGUAUGAUGGUUGACGUUGUUUCUGGCAUGAUGGUUGAAGUUGUUUCUGGUAUGAUAGUUGACGUUGUUUCUGGCACGACGGUUGACGUUGUUUCUGGCAUGAUGGUUGAAGUUGUUUCUGGUAUGAUAGUUGACGUUGUUUCUGGCAUGAUGGUUGAAGUUGUUUCUGGCACGACGGUCGACGUUGUUUCUGGCAUGAUGGUUGAAGAUGUUUCUGGUAUGAUAGUUGACGUUGUUUCUGGCAUGAUGGUUGAAGUUGUUUCUGGUAUGAUAGUUGACGUUGUUUCUGGCAUGAUGGUUGAAGUUGUUUCUGGCACGACGGUUGAAGUUGUUUCUGGCACGACGGUUGACGUUGUUUCUGGCGUGAUGGUUGAAGUUGUUUCUGGCACGACGGUUGACGUUGUUUCUGGUAUGAUGGUUGAAGUUGUUUCCGGCAUGAUAGUUGAUGUUGUUUCUGGCAUGAUGGUUGAAGUUGUUUCUGGUAUGAUAGUUGACGUUGUUUCUGGCACGAUGGUUGAAGUUGUGUCUGGCACGACGGUUGAAGUUGUUUCUGGCAUGAUGGUUGAAGUUGUUUCUGGCACGACGGUUGACGUUGUUUCUGGCAUGAUGGUUGAAGUUGUUUCUGGUAUGAUAGUUGACGUUGUUUCUGGCAUGAUGGUUGAAGUUGUUUCUGGCACGACGGUUGACGUUGUUUCUGGCAUGAUGGUUGAAGUAGUUUCUGGCACAAUGGUUGACGUUGUUUCUGGCAUUAUGGUUGAACUUAUUUCUGGCACGAUAGUUGACGUUGUUUCUGGCAUGAUAGUUGAAGUUGUUGUUUCAUUUGUAUCAUCUUCUUCGUCUUGUUUAUAUAUUUGA